GACGAAGCUGUUCAGCUGGCUGCAACAGAGGAUGCCAACGAUGGGAAAGGCGACUUUGCGUGUCUCUACGGAAACCAGGAAGAGGAGGCGGAAGACGAAGGUUUCUCCGCUCAGGUGGCGGAAGCGAGGCAGCACUUAGAAGCCGCCGAUGUCUGGGAGCUCAGCGGAGUAGAGUUGACG